CUUAGCCAAAACAAAAACCAGAGGCCCAAAAUUCAUCUCCACUUUUCUCCCACUUCAAAAUUUCAUUUCAGAUUAUUUCCUCAAUCAUCUCACCAUAUCUUUUCCUCCAAAAGCCUCCAUGGAGAACACUAGUACUACAAAGCCUCAUGCAAUUAUGAUUCCCUUUUAUUUCCAAGGCCAUAUCACUCCAUUUGUAAAUCUAGCCAUUAAACUUGCCUCAGAAGGCUUCACCCUCACCUUUGUCAACACUGAAAUAAUUCACCACCAAAUAACGAAAUCAAAAGACUCAAACACCACAGAACUAGAGGAAAACGAUCAUGACAUAUUCGCCGGAGCUCGAAAGUCGGGCCUUGACAUACGCUACAAGACGGUGAGCGACGGUUUUCCGUUGAGUUUCAACAGAUUGCUCAACAUCGACCAGUUCUGCGAGGGCGGUCUGCAUGUGUUCCCGGCUCAUGUGGAUGAACUUGUUGGAAACUUAGUUAGAGAAGAUCCCUCGGUUUCUUGCUUGAUUGCUGACACUUUCUUUUCAUGGACUUCCUGGAUAGCCAAAAAGUAUAAGCUUAUCAAUGUUUCUUUCUGGACUGAACCAGCUUUGGUCUUCACUCUCAACUAUCACUGGGACCUUCUCGUUAAAAAUGGCCACUUUGCUUCUAACGAUAAUCGUGAGGACACAAUCGACUACAUACCGGGUGUCAAGGCUAUAGAACCAAAGGACUUGACAUCAUUCCUUCAAUCAACCAAUACAAACACAAUACAACACCGGAGCAUCUACAAGUCAUUUGAAGACGCCAAAAACGCAGAUUUCAUUCUUUGCAACACUGUCCAAGAGCUUGAAUCAGACACCAUUUUGGCCAUACAAGAGAAGCAGCCAAUGUAUGCAAUUGGUCCCGUUUUUCCAUCUGAGUUUACCGAGAGCAUUGUUCCCACAAGCCUAAAGGCCGGUUUUGAUUGCAGCCAAUGGCUUGACACCAAGCCAAGAGGUUCGGUAUUGUACAUCUCAUUUGGUAGCUUCGUGGUUUCUGAAACAAGUGACAUUGAAGAAAUAGCACACGGGAUUGUGCUUAGUGGCGUGAAUUUCAUAUGGGUUCUUCGCCGUGAUGCCGCAAGUUAUGAGGAGUCUUAUAUUCUACCAAUCGGAAUUGAGGAUGAGAUCAAAGAUAGGGGCUUGAUAGUUCCAUGGUGCAGUCAAGUUGAGGUGAUUUCAAAUCCAGCAAUUGGAGGCUUCUUGACACAUUGUGGAUGGAAUUCGAUAUUAGAAAGUGUAUGGUGUGGGGUGCCAUUACUUUGUUAUCCUCUGUACGCUGAUCAGCCUACUAAUAAGAAAUUGGUGGUUGAUGAUUGGAGGGUUGGAAUCAAUCUUUGUGAUAGGAAGCCAUUGGGGAGAUCAGAAGUGGCACAGAAGAUCAACCGAUUGAUGAGUGGUAAAUCAGCUGAAGAAUUGAGGGAGGAGACGAUGAAUUUGAGGACAACAUUAGAGAAUGCCUUGGCCACGGAUGGUUCAUCAGAGAAGAAUUUGUCUCAGUUCAUUACUGAUGUAAAGGCAAAAAUUGACAACCGCAAGAUCAGUUGUGGCAACAAGGCAUGAAAGACAUUAUCAGUUACUUUUUUUUUUUACGAUUGUAAAACCAUAUGUACGGCUUUGUGGCAAUUGAAUGUCCCAAUGAUACCACAUUCUCAGCGAUGUAUACCUGGAAACAAUUUUCAAGUACGAUCUCUAGAGACCGUUGAAAAUGCACGUCCUCAACUCAUCAUUAGUGGCCAAUGUACAUAGACAAUCCAUCCAAAGUAAUUAGAUCGAGGAAAAUUGAAUUAAAAAAAAAAAA